AGGAAACAGCCAAAAAAGGGAGAAAAAUUCUAAAAUCACUAGUUGAUGCAGAUUUAGGGAAUCUUUGCAGGAGAUGCAGCCCCCCCUGGGGGCCUUCUAUCUAGUUCAUGUCCCAGAGGAUCCGCCCCCGAUCCUAGAGGAAGACUUUCCCGAAUUAAUUGCUCCCACCCAGAGGGGCCUGGGUAAAGCCUCCCAGGUCCCAGGAACAUUAACUAGCAACCUUCUCUGGGAAUUGGGUAAGGGAGACCAGCUUUGGGGAGCAGAGGGUAAAGGAAGGCCGGCUUUAAGUUUUGUGCCAGACCCAAGAGGUCGGGCUCCCAGAAGCCCAGGCUCUAGUCGUGGGCUCUCUAGAUAAACCAGAGCCAGCCGCUUCCGCACUGAAGCCUCAAUUUCUCCCAUCUGUAAAAUGGAGCUGGAGAGGUGAGAAAAUGAACCUGAGAAAAGUGAUUCCAGAAGUCUUCGUUGUCGGCAAUGCGUCCUUUGCGAGAAGCCCAAGGUAGCCCUCGCCUGCCACUAGCCACCCCGCCCCGUGCCCUUCCACUCCCGGUUCCUGAGACUCGGGCUCCCUUUCCGAGGCUGCGAGGGUGCACUCGUGGAGCAGGAGGCGGGCCCCAGAAGCACCGAAGGCCACGCCUCAAGACCGCCCAUUGGCUGCUUUUGAACCUCUGAGCCCGCCUCUGGCGGCGGGGCAGAGGGGAGGGGGGGGAGCCGCGGCGUCUCUAUAAAAGCUGCUGCGGGGGUGCCGCGGGCGCACUCUACAACCGCCUCUCCCCCGCCCCGAGGUCCAGGCUCCCGCCGGGUGACCGCCUCCUUGCGCUUCGGCUCCCCGCUCUUCUCCGACGCCAGCAUCAUGAAGGUCGCCAGUGGCAGUGCCGCGGCCGCCGCGGGCCCCAGCUGCGCGCUGAAGGCCGGCAAGACGGCGGGCGGCGCGGGCGAGGUGGUGCGCUGUCUGUCCGAGCAGAGCGUGGCCAUCUCGCGCUGCGCGGGGGGCGCCGGGGCGCGCCUGCCCGCCCUGCUCGACGAGCAGCAGGUGAACGUGCUGCUCUACGACAUGAACGGCUGCUACUCGCGCCUCAAGGAGCUGGUGCCCACCCUGCCCCAGAACCGCAAGGUGAGCCGGGUGGAGAUCCUCCAGCACGUCAUCGACUACAUCUGGGACCUGGAGUUGGAGCUGAACUCGGAAUCCCAAGUCGGGACCCCGGGAGGCCGGGGGCUCCCCGCCCGGGCUCCGCUCAGCACCCUCAACGGCGAGAUCAGCGCCCUGGCGGCCGAGGCGGCGUGUGUUCCGGCGGACGAUCGCAUCUUGUGUCGCUGAAGCGCCUCUCUCCAGGACUGGCGGACCCCAGCCCUCCAGGGGGCGAGAAGAACCCGUGCUCUGAUCCUGCCGAGCGCCUCGCUGGAGCUGGGGAGGACACACGAUUGAGCUCGGCGACCGGUGGGGCGCUUGCUGGAUCCAGCCCAGGGCCCGGGACGGAGGGCUGACCCUCCACCUACCAACCACCAGAGACUUGGGGGACCCCUCCCCAGUGUGUUUCUAUUUUUUGAAAAGCAGACAUUUUAAAAAAUGGUCACGUUUGGUGCUUCUCAGAUUUCUGAGGAAAUUAAUUGCUUUGUAUUGUAUAUUACAAUGAUCACCGAGAAUAUUGUUUUACAAUAGUUCUGUGGGGUGGUUUUCUUUUUUUGUUAUUAAACAAACACUUUAGACUACGGUAAA